AUGAAGAGGAAACUAACACUCUACAAGAUGCAGUUGGUUCUUCUCGUUUUAUUGGUGGGGGUGCCAGCAAGAUCAGUGCUGGCUGACUCCCUAGAAGAUGAAGCUAAGAAUAACAUCACCAUCUUUACAAGAAUACUAGACAGACUUCUGGAUGGUUAUGAUAAUCGUCUUAGACCUGGAUUAGGAGACAGUAUAACGAAAGUCUUCACUAAUAUCUACGUAACCAGCUUUGGACCUGUUUCAGACACAGACAUGGAGUACACAAUAGAUGUUUUCUUCCGUCAAAAAUGGAAAGAUGAGAGGUUAAAGUUUAAAGGCCCAAUGAACAUCCUUCGACUGAACAACUUAAUGGCUAGCAAAAUCUGGACCCCAGACACAUUCUUUCACAAUGGGAAGAAGUCAGUAGCUCAUAACAUGACAAUGCCAAACAAACUACUACGAAUCCAGGAUGAUGGAACUCUCUUGUAUACCAUGAGGCUUACAGUCCAAGCUGAAUGUCCAAUGCACUUGGAGGACUUUCCUAUGGAUGCUCAUUCAUGCCCGUUGAAAUUUGGCAGCUAUGCAUACACAACUUCAGAAGUGACCUACAUUUGGACUUACAAUGCAUCUGAUUCUGUACAGGUUGCACCGGAUGGCUCUAGAUUGAAUCAGUAUGAUUUGCUAGGCCAAACAGUUGGAAAGGAGACUGUUAAAUCGAGUACAGGUGAAUAUACAGUAAUGACAGCUCAUUUUCACUUAAAGAGAAAAAUUGGUUAUUUUGUGAUUCAGACUUACCUCCCCUGCAUCAUGACAGUCAUUCUCUCUCAAGUGUCGUUCUGGCUGAACAGAGAAUCUGUACCUGCAAGAACAGUCUUUGGAGUAACAACUGUGUUGACAAUGACAACGUUGAGCAUCAGUGCACGAAAUUCCCUCCCCAAAGUAGCUUAUGCAACAGCCAUGGAUUGGUUUAUUGCUGUUUGUUAUGCAUUUGUAUUCUCUGCAUUGAUAGAAUUUGCCACUGUAAAUUACUUCACAAAACGAGGAUGGGCAUGGGAUGGAAAAAGCGUAGUCAAUGAUAAGAAAAAAGAAAAAGCAUCUGUCAUUAAGAAAAACAAUGCCUAUGCAGUGGCUGUUGCCAAUUAUGCUCCAAAUAUUACCAAGGACUCAGUGCUACCAACAAUCUCCAAGAGUGCUACAACCACAGAACCCAACAAGGCAAAGCCAGAAGCCAAGCCGCAAGAAGCAAAGAAAACAUUCAACAGUGUUAGCAAAAUUGACAGAAUGUCUAGAAUAGUGUUUCCAGUCUUAUUUGGUACUUUUAACUUAGUGUACUGGGCUACAUAUUUAAACAGGGAACCUGUCUUACUUGGGUUUGCACCCUCAACCUAA